AUGCCCCCCACUCCGCCGCCAUCUCCGCCCAUCGCCCGCUGCUAUGCUCCAGAAGACCGUCUAGGAUUCCUUUUGGCCAACCGUCUAGAACUCACCAGCAUCCUAGGCGUCGGAGCCUACGGAGUGGUGUACACGGCCGUCGACAUUCAUACCAAUGUUCUGUAUGCUGUCAAGGCCCUCAACAAGACCGGGCUGGAUCCCCGGCAGCUCAAGUUCCAGCAGCGGGAGAUCAAGCUACACCAUCUGGCCAGUCAACACCCCAAUGUGGUUUCCUUGGUUCGCAUCAUGGACUCGGUCGACUGCACCUAUGUGGUCAUUGAGUUCUGUCCCGAGGGCGACCUAUUCUCGAGCAUCACGGAAAAGGGCAAUUUCGUGGGCAAUGAUCCCUUGGUCAAGCGGGUUUUCCUUCAGAUCCUGGAUGCAGUCCACUUCUGCCACUCUUUGGGAAUCUACCACCGGGACCUCAAGCCGGAGAACAUCUUGGUAACGGACCAGGGCUUGACGGUCAAGCUCGCCGACUUUGGCCUGGCCACCACGGACUACCUUACGUCGGAUUUCGGUUGCGGGUCCACAUUCUACAUGUCGCCCGAAUGCCAGCAACCCAAUCCCCGACCCAUGUCGUUCUAUGAGUCGGCACCCAAUGAUGUCUGGAGCCUUGGCGUUAUCCUGGUCAAUCUGACCUGCGGUCGCAACCCCUGGAAACGUGCCUCGAUUGAGGACUCCACGUUCCGAGCUUAUCUGAAGGACCCUUACUUCCUGAAGUCCAUCCUGCCGCUGUCGGAUGAGAUGAUCUGUAUCCUCAACCGCAUCUUUGAGUGCGACCCCUCCAAGCGGAUUACCAUCCCGGAGCUUCGCCAGUUGAUCCUGGAGUGCCCGCGGUUUACUAUGAACCCCAUCACCCCUUGGUCUGCCCCCGGACCGGUGCCCGUUGACUAUGUCAACGGUCCCGUCCCGGUGUCCGUCCCCGUGGAUACUUUCCACACUCAAACCUCCUCCGUCUCUUCUGGGUCAUCCCAAUACUCCGAUUUCUCGGAUUCUGCCGUCUCGGAUGCCUCGUCCUUCACCCAAGGCUAUCCCGACCUCGACAGUGUGUCGUCGAUGUCUUCGGUGGGACUGGAUCCCGAGCUGGACUGCAAGGAUGACUUCCUUCCGGAUCCCCUUCCCUGCGGUGACCUCCCGGAGCCGCACCUCUUUCCCCAUGCCCCCUUUACCAUCCCAAUUCCCGUCUGCUGA